AUGCUGGGAGCAGCAGCGCCAGCAACUGCAGCAACAACAACAGCAACACCUGUAGCAGCAGCAGCAGCAGCAGGAGCAACAGCAGCAGCAGCAACAGCAGCAACAACUACUACGCCAUCAGCAGGGUGCAGCAACGCAGAAUCUCCAGCAGCAGCAGCGCCAUCUUCAUCAUCAGCAGCAGCAGCAACAGCAACAGCAGCAGCAGCAGCAGCAACAGGCAACAGCAGCAACAACUACUACGCCAUCAGCAGGGUGCAGCAACGCAGAAUCUCCAGCAGCAGCAGCUCAAUCCUCAUCAUCAUCAGCAGCAGCAACAGCAACAGCAGCAGCAGCAGCAGCAGCAACAGCAGCAGCAGCAUAUGA